AUGCGGCUCAUCAACGUUCAGUCCCUUGAACUGGAGGAAUUUUUGGGUGGAAAUUUUCCGCCGUAUUAUAUCCUAUCCCACACUUGGGGUGACGAGGAAAUAUCAUUUCAGGAGUACACAUGGUUGCAAGCCUACAAGGAGAAAGUGGCCGCGGGCAUUAUCGAAGAAAAGCCACCGAAGCAUCGUGAACGACUCAGGGCCAAGGAUGAAUCCUUGCGUCGUAGAAGCGGCUACCAGAAGAUCGUUCGCUUCGCGCAGCUCGUGCCCGCUCUCAACUCGGAGAUGCUCGAUAAUCAUCGACGUACGGCAGAUUACAUCUGGGUCGAUACGUGCUGCAUAAACAAAGAGAGCAGUGCGGAGCUUUCGGAGGCUAUCAACUCCAUGUAUCAAUGGUACAAGGAGGCGGAACUCUGCAUCGCUUUCAUGGCUGACGUUGAAGAUACGAAAGUUGCCCCGCAAUCGGGCUUUGGAAAGAGUCGCUGGUUUACAAGAGGCUGGACGCUGCAGGAACUCCUCGCCCCGAAGCUCGUGCUUCAACAAACACUGGAAGUAUAUCACGGAGAGGCACACGGGCAGGCAUACCAUAGAGGCGGUGACUGGAAUCGGCGGGGGCUAUCUCACUGA